UCCCUCCCUCUCUCUCUCUCCUUACAGGGACAGACAUGGCUGACGGAGUGCAUGAGGAGAGAUACGGGUAAUUUUGUAUAUUUCAGAGCUUAGAAAUUUGAGAGGAACGUGCUUCUGAUGGAUAUGAAGGCGACGGUGACCCUCGGCGUAAUUUGCAGGUUAAAUUGUCCUGCAGUGGCGAGGCUCUGAUGCUGGCGGCACCAUCACUGUGAAAUAAACUACAAACUCAUUAGGAGAAGCCAGCAGAUACGCCAAAGCCAUCAAAAUGUCUAAAAGCAAGAGCUCUGAAUCUGUUAAGGUAGUGGUGCGUUGUCGCCCCAUGAAUGAGAAAGAGCGAGCCGCCAACUUCCAGAGGGUGGUCUCAGUGGAUGUGAAGUUUGGGCAAGUGGCCGUACGCAACCCUCGAAGUGCGUCCUCCCAUGAGCACCCAAAAGUGUUCACCUUCGAUUCCGUCUAUGACUGGAAUUCAAAGCAGAUGGAGCUCUACGAUGAGACUUUCCGGCCAUUGGUGGACUCUGUACUUUUUGGCUUUAAUGGGACCAUCUUUGCAUACGGCCAGACGGGCACCGGAAAGACUUUCACGAUGGAAGGGGUACGAAAUGACCCCGAAAGGAGGGGUGUCAUUCCAAACUCCUUUGAACACAUUUUCACACACAUCUCCCGCUCUCAGAACCAGCAGUACUUGGUCAGGGCUUCAUACUUGGAGAUUUAUCAAGAAGAGAUCAAGGAUCUUUUAUCAAAAGACCAAUCGCGCCGUCUAGAGCUCAAAGAGAGGCCAGAUACGGGUGUCUACGUUAAAGACCUCUCUUCAUUCGUCACUAAAAGUGUUCGUGAGAUUGAGCAUGUGAUGAACGUGGGGAACCAGAACCGCUCAGUUGGUGCAACUAACAUGAACGAGCACAGCUCUCGCUCUCACGCGAUCUUCGUCAUCACCGUUGAGUGCAGUGAGUUGGGUCCUGAUGGAGAGAACCACAUUCGGGUUGGGAAACUCAACCUUGUUGACCUGGCAGGAAGUGAAAGACAGACCAAAACUGGUGCACAGGGCGAGCGCUUGAAAGAAGCCACCAAAAUCAACCUCUCUUUGUCAGCUUUGGGCAACGUCAUCUCAGCGCUGGUGGACGGGAGAAGCACCCACAUCCCGUACCGUGACUCUAAACUUACAAGACUGCUUCAGGAUUCUUUGGGCGGAAAUGCCCGUACGGUUAUGGUGGCCAACAUUGGGCCUGCUUCCUACAAUUUGGAGGAGACUCUGACCACGCUACGCUAUGCAAAUCGCGCAAAAAACAUCAUGAAGAAAAAACCGUGUGUAAGAGGAGACCAAAGAGGCGCUGUUUUUGGGGUUUUUGGGGGGGAUUUUGCGCUUUUGAGAGAAGUUUUGGAGAAGGGGUCUGGCAGGAAGAGGAGAAAAAGGAGGAGGAGGAGGGUUGGAGAAGGAGGGGAGGAGCUAGAAGAUGGGGAGGAUGAUGAUAAUGAGGAGGAAGAGGAUGAUGACGAAGAGGAAGGAAUAGAUGCGGAUAAGAACAUUGUGGAUUAUUGGCACGAACAACAGGAGAAGCUGGAGAAGGAGAGGAAGGCCAUCAUGGAGGACCACAGCCUGGUGGCAGAGGAGAAACAGAGGCUGCUGAAAGAGAAGGAGAAGAAGAUGGACGAUCUUCACAAAGAGAAGGAGGCUUCAGAGAUGCUGGCGGCCAAAGUUAAGGCCAUGGAGAGCAAGCUGCUGGUGGGAGGGAAGAAUAUUGUCGACCACACCAAUGAGCAACAGAGGAUUCUGGAGCUGAAGAGACAGGAGAUAGCCGAACAGAAAAGGCGGGAAAGGGAGAUGCAGCAGGAGAUGGAGUGUCACGACGAAGAGACACUGGAGCUGAAAGAGACGUACAGCUCACUGCAGCAGGAAGUUGACAUUAAGACCAAGAAACUGAAAAAGCUCUUUUCCAAGCUGCAGUCUGUGAAGGCGGAGAUUCAGGACGCCCACGAUGAACAUGUCAAUUACAGGCAGGAGCUGGAGCAGACGCAGAAUGAGCUGACAAGAGAACUCAAACUCAAACAUUUGAUCAUCGAGAACUUCAUCCCUCUGGAGGAGAAGAACAAGAUUGUGACAAGAGCCACUUUUGAUGAAGAAGAUGACCUUUGGAAAAUGACCCCCAUCACCCGUAUUCAAACUGAUCAGCAGAUGAUGAAGAGGCCUGUUUCUGCAGUGGGCUACAGACGGCCUCUGAGUCAGCACGCCCGUGUGGCCAUGUUGAUGCGGCCUGAUGUCAGAUACAAGGCUGAGAAUAUCUUGCUGCUGGAGUUGGACCUGCCCACACGGACCACAAAAGACUACGAGGGCCCGGUGAUCGCGCCUAAAGUGGCUGCGGCUCUGGAGGACGCUCUGAGGGAGGAGGACGAGAUCCAGGUGGACGCCUCUGGUCUUCGUGCCAGCCUGGGCUCCAGUCCAGGCCUCAGUGCCUCAGCUGCUGGGUUUUCCAAAAAACCAAAGUCAGGCCGCCCAAAAACUGGCAAGAAGGUGAGCACUCCAACUUCAGCUCACAGCCCUCUGUCUGGCUCAGGGUCCCCUCUUUACCCACAAUCCCGAGGGCUUGUGCCAAAGUGACACCGACCCUCUGUGAAAUCCUUCUCUGCUCCAUAAAAACUGAGUGGUUUUGGCAUUAAAGUUGUCAGUUUUUAAACACAGACAGAUUUACGAAGGUGGAACAUCUUGUGUUAUUUAAACCCACCAAUCAGCUCUCGAACUAUCUUGUUUUUAGAUGCCGCUUAAACGGCCCGUUCAUAGCACAACAAAAAAAUAGUUACGUUUGGCAAUCUUUAAAGCUCACUAUAAGAUAAAGUGCCACAGAUUUAGUUUGCACUCAAGCUAAAUGUUACAUGUUUUGUGUGUGUGUGUGUGUGUGUGUGUGUGUGUG